UUCUGUGUUGGAUAGACCUUUUCCUUUUCUGUAGGUUUUACAUGGACUGUUGUUUGAUGUCUCCCAAUUGUGACACGUGGCAAUUUGCCCAAUCAAGAGGCCAAAGACCCCGCUCGAGUGCUUCUCUGCCUCCCACUUCCGACGCCUGAGCUUACUCUGUGGAAUUAAUUUCGAGAUAUGGCUUGCAAUAAUAUAUUCAGCGUUGCGGCGCAACCGUCUAUAACCAGGAUCCCUACGAUGAAAAUUGAUCAGUCUCAAGUGGAAAUGCCUUGCUUCGUUAAACAGAAUCAGGGUUUGAUUGUUAAAGGCUCUGUUUAUAAUCGGCCUACGAAGGUAUUCUGCAAUGCUGCUAGUUUGGAGGAGGAAUUCUCAGCAAUACAAUCCAAGAAUUUCUCCAAGGAUGAGGAAUCUGAUGUCGAGGCUUUGCCGGAAGAGACGGUCCUUCCUAGUAGUGAAGAGUUGAAGGCAUUGCUUGCUGAUUCUCAAAGAGCAGCACUGGUAAAGAAACUGAGCGAAGCAAAUCAACAGAACCGGUUUCUGAAACGCCAGCUACAAGUUAAGGAAGAUGAACUAGUUGAUUUCAAGAGUGAACUUGCUGUCAUGGACAUUGAGGUUCAGGCUCUGCUUCAUUUGGCAGAAGAGAUCGCUAAUUAUGAUAUUCCAGAAGGUUCAAGAAAGAUUAAUGGAAAAUACAUUCAAUCACACCUCCUCUUAAAGCUUGAAGCUAUACAAAAACGGUUGGCAAAACAGAUCAAGGAUGUGGAUGCUGCACAACCUCAAGAAGUUCAUUUAAUUUGGUAUGGUAUGGCAGAGAGCGUGCAAGUAAUGGGAUCCUUUGAUGGCUGGAGUGAAGGGGAACACCUCUCACCAGAGUAUGCAGGUUCAUAUACAAAAUUCUUAACCACAUUGAUGCUUAGACCUGGAAGAUACGAAAUCAAGUUCUUGGUGGAUGGUGAAUGGAAACUAUCGCCUGAUUUUCCCACUGUUGGAGAGGGGAUGAUGCAGAACAAUUUGCUGAUUGUCGAAUAGCUGCAGCAUGCUGCUGCUUUUCUCGAUUCAGAUGUUUGCCAUAUGACAGUCACUCUGGGUGAAAUCUGUGCUUCUCCCAUGAAGUGAAUCAUGUAGAGUGGAAUUCUAUUUUGUCGAAUAGGGAGUUUAGUUUAUGCUGAUAUUUGAGACUGGAGACUAUGUUUUGCUAUAUAAGAAGUUGCUGCAGGGUCCUCUACCUGAAUGGUUGAGUGCUCAAAGUAAAUCAGCAACAUUUUGUCUUUUGCACA